UUGCCAGUGUUUUUUGAUAUCAUAUCACAGUGUAAACAAUUUACGUUUUACAAAUGUAAGAGAACUGCCUUUUUAAUAAAAAAUGAACGCUGCAAGCUUAUAUGUGUCCACUUGUCGGCUGAUAAUAUUAGCGGAUGCCGCAGACAAAAGUUCUUGGACCGAUUUAUUUCGUUUGGUCCCAUAUUUACGUCAGUCAUUGUCUUGCACAGUUUGUGGUAACCUUCUUGUGGAACCCUGUACUCCGAAGAACUCUAGUUGCCAGCACCAUGUGUGUAAAAAGUGUAAAGGUGGUAAAAAGAAGUUAAAACCAUCCUGCAAUUGGUGUAAAGACUAUGAAAACUAUUCGGAAAAUAUGCAUUUACGAAUACUUUUGCAGUGUUACAAGAAGUUGUGUGAAUAUUUCAUGAGUACAGAUGUAUAUAAAGUUUUAUUAGAAGAAGAUGAAAUUUCUACUGGUGUAAAUGGUGGGACAGUAGCAAGUUCUGGUUUAAUCGAUUUAGUACAGGAAGGGGCUGGUUUCAGUGAUGAUUAUGAAAGUGGUGCCGCCUUAUCAAAAUCAGAAUAUAGUAUAUUACCUUGUGUAUAUACAAAUACUACAUCUACUCAAACACAAGGAGCAUCUACAUCAAAUAGUACAGAAGCAACACCAUCUAGUAAGGAACCUUCAAGCUCGAAACCAAUGUCAAAUGGCACAUCAGUAUAUUCUGUAAUGUACGCAGGGUCUGGUAAUAAAAUUACAAUAAAAAGGAAAGCAGUUGAAGAAUCAGAGUCGCAGUCUUCAGAUGAACCUCCUCCUAAAGAAAGUAAAUCUCGACGAGGAGAAUCAGGGUUUAAAAAACCGUCAAAUAGGUCACGUAGUUCUGCAAGCAGCAAAAGAAAAGGUUGCCGCUGUGGUAAUGCCACUGCAACUCCGGGCAAGUUGACUUGCUGUGGCCAGAGAUGUCCCUGUUAUGUUGAAAGUAAACCCUGUACUGAAUGUAAAUGCAAGGGAUGUAGAAAUCCGCAUAGACCAGAUGGGUUAAAGGUAAGGCCACAUUUAUCACCAGUGGACUCUUUGCAAAUGGCAUCAAGCUCAAACCCAGAUACUUCCCCGUCAUUCUCAAGCUCAAUGGACAGUCUCGACACUGACACAAUGACUAUGGAGGAAAUGGAGGAAUCUCUCUGCUCUGAACUUAGUUCUUCUGAUACAAAAGUAUACUCAAGUCAAUUGCAAGAUGUAUCACCUUCAUUACCAGCCUCAAUAAUGAUGGACGAAGAUGCAGAUUCUCCUGAUGAUGAAGAGAGUUCUGAUUACAAAUGUUCAUCGAAUGAGCCUAACGAUGCCGAUGCAGUCUCACCACCAUCCGGAGACACUCAGGAUGCCUACAGCGAUGUUGAAGUUGAUGAUGUAUGACAAGAACUUUCUAGUGAUUAGGAUAGUCCAUUAAUUGUGCAAGUAAGUGACUGAACCAAAUACAGUGCUGUACAGUGUAUGUUUCAGUUUGUUAUAAAGUGAUUUUGUAUAUACAGUAACAUAGUUUUUAUUUAGAACUACUUUCUGGCA